AUGAUUCGAUCUGCCGUGGCUGCAGCAGAGUCACUUGGCCUGCAAUUCGAUAGCGACGAUAAGACCCAAGACAACGAAGGUUCAACUCGCGCAAAGCCAGGCUCACGCUUAUGGAGAUGCCUUGUCACCUUGGACACACAGGUUUCUCUGCAUUUGGGGCGGCCCUUCGCAAUUUCAGAGCCCCGUCUGUAUGAGCGUGAACACCCAGAAUCCGACAGUAUCGCUGAACUUGCCGGUCCAAAUUUCACCCUUUCGCAGUCUUCUGGUAUCAAUUGGCUUCGGUUUCAGCAUGAGAGGCAAGGCCUAUUUCAGGUCGUUCGUGAGAUUCAUACUGAAUUUGCGAGGGUUAUGGAGGAUGUUCUUUCGGAAAUUGAUCAGCCCGACUUUUAUCAGCACCCUUCAUCACGGGAGAAGUGCGCCAAGUAUCUUUAUGAGCAGCUCAAGCGUCUCAAGACCUGGGUUGAGGAACUCCCCAGUAGCCUCAAAACACCACGUGUGCAAGGUGUACCCUUCUCAGUUGAUCGCUCGCCGCUGGAUCUCAGCCAGGGCGAUCCCCUUUGGCUUCAGAGACAACGGCUAGUGCUGGAAUUUGACUACCAUUCCUUGGUCAUUAUGCUAACUCGAACAUUCAACUCAUUUCUACCAACACCAGCAUUGGGCACUUUUAAUAGUGAUAACCACUGCAUCACUUGUGUGAACUCUGGGAUCAUGGUAACAAAUAUGCUAAACCAGAUCAGCAGGGAUUCCGGUAUUCUUGCUGGGUGCUUUCAAGUAUUUGACUGGCAGCGUACCGCCACUUUUGCCUUAGCUGGUUUCUCUUGCGGGUAUCCCAUCUGCCCAAUGUCCCCCACGGCGCGGAAGACGUUGACACUAGCUGCGAGGGUUUUUGAGAUAUUUGGAUCCAAAGCAGGUGUGCAGUUGACCAACAGUCUCAAGAUAAAAUGUCUAGAACUCGUGGAGUCAUUCAGAUCAAGGCUUGGUCUCACUACACCCGCGACGACACCAGUCAGUAAUCAGAAAAGCCCGGAAACUUUGGAUACUGCGGUGGAGCCGAGUAGUCAUCAGAUUAUGAGUGUUGGUGAGGAAGCUUUAUACAACGCAGGUUUUGAUGCGACAUUUAAUGAGGAUAUGUGGACCGUCGACACACCAGGUGGACUCCUCUGGGGCGACUUGUUAAGAGAUCUGGAUUCAGGCCUGGUUUCAUCUCUUGGACGGGUUGGAGUGGACGAAUGA